AACAGUGCAGCGGGGUAGGGAGCUUGGGAUUGGUUUGCUGAUUCCCCCUGGCCACUGGAUUUUACACUCUUUUAUGUAUAUCCAUCCCCAGCUUAAAUCCACCGCCAGACCAUGUGCUCUCCAUGACGGAUGUUCGAUUGCUAAGCUAACGCUGCAUGUCAGAAGACUCUCCUUGGUAGAGCCAAGGGUUGUUGGAAACUCCAACCUAGCCCUCUUAUUUUUUUCUGUGUGUGUGUUCCUCUAGAACUUUCAAACCUGUUUCUCCAAAGGGUUUUGCAGAAACUCAGACUGUUUUCUAAAGCAGAAGCACCUCCGUCCACAGCAGUAGUGAUGGGCAGCGUGCGAACCAACCGCUAUAGCAUCGUUUCCUCAGAAGAGGAUGGCAUGAAGCUGGCAACCAUGGCAGUUGCCAAUGGCUUUGGGAACGGGAAGAGCAAGGUACACACUAGGCAGCAGUGCAGGAGCCGCUUCGUCAAGAAAGACGGACACUGCAACGUCCAAUUCAUUAAUGUGGGCGAGAAAGGACAACGUUACCUGGCAGACAUCUUUACCACCUGCGUGGAUAUUCGCUGGAGGUGGAUGCUAGUUAUCUUCUGCCUGGCUUUCAUCCUUUCCUGGCUUUUUUUUGGCUGUGUGUUUUGGCUGAUUGCUCUGUUGCAUGGGGAUCUGGAGGAGUCAACAAACUACAAACCUUGUGUCUCCAAUGUGAACAGCUUCACUGCAGCCUUCCUCUUCUCCAUCGAAACUCAGACAACGAUUGGGUAUGGUUUUAGGUGCGUCACGGACGAGUGCCCCAUUGCAGUCUUCAUGGUGGUUUUCCAGUCUAUCGUAGGCUGCAUCAUUGAUGCCUUCAUCAUUGGGGCUGUCAUGGCAAAGAUGGCUAAACCAAAAAAGAGAAACGAAACUCUAGUCUUCAGUCACAAUGCUGUUGUGGGCCUGAGGGAUGGGAAGCUGUGUUUAAUGUGGCGUGUUGGAAACCUACGGAAAAGCCAUUUGGUAGAGGCACACGUGAGAGCCCAGCUUCUUAAAUCCAGGGUCACCUCCGAAGGAGAAUACAUCCCCUUGGACCAAAUAGAUAUCAACGUUGGGUUUGAUAGUGGGAUAGACCGCAUAUUCCUGGUCUCCCCAAUUACAAUAGUCCAUGAAAUAGAUGAACAAAGUCCCUUGUAUGACUACAGUAAGCAAGACAUGGACAAUGCAGACUUUGAAAUUGUAGUAAUAUUAGAGGGCAUGGUGGAAGCUACCGCCAUGACUACCCAGUGCCGUAGUUCAUAUCUGGCAAACGAAAUCCUCUGGGGCCACCGUUAUGAGCCUGUGCUCUUUGAAGAGAAAAACUACUACAAAGUGGACUACUCUAGGUUCCACAAAACGUACGAAGUGCCCAACACACCCCUUUGUAGUGCCAGAGACUUAGCAGAAAAGAAAUACAUUCUCUCUAAUGCAAAUUCCUUUUGCUACGAGAAUGAAGUGGCCCUCACCAGCAAAGAAGAGGACGAGAGUGACAAUGGGGUGCCUGAAAGCAUGAGCACAGACACCCUCCCAGACAUGGACCAUCAUAACCAAGCUGGGGUGCCACUAGAACCUAGGCCAUUGAGGCGGGAAUCGGAAAUAUGACUGACUGACUUUUUCUCUGUUAUCUUUUGGUUUAAAAGAAAAAUACGUCGGUCAAAGGCACAGUGAGCUGAGAGUUGGCCCAAAGCCGUUUUCAGACGAUGGUACUGUUGAAGAAAGGCGUGAAGACAAGCGGUCCUGAGGAAACUAAGCCAGUUUUAGGGCUGUCUUUAGAGGAGAGAGAGCUGAAAAUGAACUCUAAACACGAAGCACUAAACAAUGUCUAAGCAUGACCAGAAGGCACAUAUAUAUUGUAGAAUAAAUUAUGUAUAUAUUUUUUUACAAAACUUGAACUUGCAGGCGAGCUUUGGUUGGGUUAUUUUUUUUUUUUUUCAACUUUUUCCAGAAUGCUUCUCUCUAGGGAACAAGAAUGUUUUUAAUGGCAUAACAAAGGCAAGAAUCUGCCUUAUUAUUAUUAUUAUUAUUGUUAUUAUUUUAAGAAAGCUGCUGCUAACUACAUGGACACAAAUUGUAAUUUUUUUGUGGCGGUGUAGUUUUUUCUUUUGUGUAAUUUAAAAAAAAAAAUGUCAACAUUGAAUUUUGUGGGUUGAAAAGCUCGUGAUCACACUUCAAAGAGGCCAAUGCGGCUGUAUAGUCUGAACUUCGUUUGAGGCCAGUAGUUUGAUAGCUAGAAUCAAUUUUUCUCUCUUUUCAGUUACAUAAGGGGCAUUAUGUAACAUAAGGCCAAUUGGUAGCCUCCAGCAAAAUUUUUUUUCAGGCGGGGAUGGGAGGGAGCUGAGUUUAAUUCUCUAUCUAAAAAUUAAGUUGAAACUACCUAAAUGGAUACCAAAGAAAAUGCACAGUUUUGCACAGGGGAGUUUAUUUAAAUGAAACAGGCUGCUUUAAACAAACAAAAUUUGAACCUCAGACUUUUUUUUUUAAAGGGCCUCAUUUCGCACCUUAUUCAGAAAAUAGAGGGUAAGACUCAGAUCUAAGUAAGCAAGACAUUUUUCCCCCCUCUGUGGGAAAACGAGCUCCCUUUCUUUCUUUUUAUAAGAAGGAAAAGAGGGGGAGGGGGGGAAGCAAACAUCUGUUCUUUCCUGUUUAGCAAAACACCAGCAGGGCUGCAGCAGAAGGUCAAGUGUUGUUCUACACACAUUCCAAAACUGCUUCUAGAACUUAGAGGGCCCUUUUAGAGCUGACCCAGCGUUCUGAGAACUGAGCCAUCAGACAUGCUGCAGGCGGUCAUUACAUUUCCAGUUAAACUAGGCUAAGAGCCAUGCAAAGCUGCUGAUCUGCGCUAGGCUAACUCGGCUGGAGCAGGCAUUUAGGCGUAGGUGAGGCGAGCAACACAUAAAUCCCUGGGGAGGAGGAGGAGAGGGAAAAAAGGGAGGGAAGUUGUAACAGAGCAAUCUGAAAGAGCAUAGGGAUGUGAACGUUUUGGAAAAAUGCUUCCCUUUGGCGGGGCACAGGUGUCAGACCAGGUGUAAUAGUGUGCUCUGGAUCAUUUGAAAAAGGAUUAUUUGCAGAUAAUACUGUAAAAGAGUUCCCUCUCCCACCUCCUUUUUACCUGUAAACAUCGACUGGGCUAUCUGUGGAUGAAAUAUGUCAUCAGGCCUUGUGACCUUUUGUAAAGCCAUGGCUCUAAUGGUAUUUUGGCCCCCUUGCCAAGAAUGCUUUAAUAUUUUCUGUGCCUCUAAGAUCAAGCAUAUAACUUAGCUGUACUUGAAGGUUCCUUGCCUGUGAAUCUGCCUCAAGGAAUAGGGAAUGGUGGAGGUGGGGACAAUAGAUUCUAGUCAACUCUUUUACAGUAUUGACUCACUGUAUGCCAUUAAAAAACAGCUUGUUCUAGGUCUAAUGUCUUCUGCAAAUGGACAUCUGUGAAGGCCUCUGGCCCCUUACAGCCCUGCCUGAAGGAAAUGCCUGCAAUGACAAGGUGGUUUCUGAUACAAUGGUAUUUACAGUAACCUGAGUAGGUGGGUUCUAAAACUGUGGAAAUUUUACAUUGUAAAGGUAGCUCUGGAUAUUCUAAAGAGGGCAGAUGUAAUUUAAAUACAAGUUCUAAAACUAUUUAUGGGGGGGAUGGGGGAAGGGAAUUAAACCCACACGGCAACUUGAACACAGUUCUGGGUCAUAGCCAGUGAAUGCAACUGAACGCUACUUGUGCUGCUAUUGUGAUAUUCUUGUAAAGGAAAACAACUAAACCAAAGAGUAUUCAGUGAAAUGUAAAACAAAUGAAGAUGCAAUGGGGGAAGGAAGGAAAUGGGGGAAUGAGAUGGAGAAAAGGGAACCUUUUCCCUAAUUAGAUCACUCCAAAAUAUACAGUGCCCCACUUAGGAGACUUGAAAAAUCUGAGCAAGGGACAGGAGAUAAGGGAAAAUAAAAAGCUUCAGUUUGUUUCUUUAAGAAAAAAUAAACAAAACAAAAAAAAGGAAAAAAUCUGAAAUUUCUGGUGCACAGUUUUUUUCGAGUCACAGUUUUUCAGAAAUGUUUUUAAAAUGUACAUUUUAUAAAGUUUAUCAAGUAUUUUCAUAUUUAAAGCCAAAUGUAAAUAGAAGUCUGUAAAGGAGAAGAAGAAAAAUGAAAAAUGAAAUAAAUCCGUAGGAAGUAUAAAUUCAGUUUAGCAGUUUCUGCUAGCUAGUACCUAGAUGCUACCGGUUAGCAUGGUUUUAGCAAACACUUGCAAGCCUUAUAGGGUUCCUAAUGCUAUGAACUUCUGUUAUUUAUUUAAGCAUGGACUUUUAAUUUGAAAAUAUUUUCUAGUUACUGGCGUUUUUAAAAGUUACAAGCUUUCAGAUUGCUAGUCUUGUUGAGAGUGGAUACUUAGGUAAUUCAUUGCACUCUCUGCUGGAUUUAUUUUAUUUUUAAAUAACCCUUUGUCUCUACCGACUGAAUCUAGCAUUGCAGAUUUGCACUCAGCCUCUGGCUUGUGAAAGCUGCUAGGAAAGAGACCUGACCUGCAAUGUAUAUUUCAUGGUACCCGCCCCACCCCUUGUUCAUAUCUCAAAUGGUUUAAAUACAUUUCUGAACAUGCCUUGGUAAGCCUAAUACAGGUCAAACUAUUGUAGGGUUGGUUAAUUUUUUUUUUUUUUUUUUUUUUAAGGCGUGCAUAGUGACUGACAGUGUUCAUACUUAGUGAUACUGGGCCAAAUUAAUCCCACAUUUGUGGCCUGAUCCAAAUGCCUGUUGAAGCAGAUGGGAGUCUUUCCAUUGGCUUUACAAGUUUUGGAUCUGGUCCUUAGUCUAUGGCAUGACCCCAAGGAUGAAGUUGGCUCAGUGUCUUUAGUGUCUGGCACAGGUGGUUUUAUGUAUCUUGCUUGGGGAGUUGGGGAGGAUUUAGUUAUUUCUGCCCUUCCCUGAAAAUACUUGAAUAAGACUUAAUGUCUGAAACAUAAUACCGCCUACAAUGACAAAAGGCAUUUGUGAGACAGGUUGGGCUGUGUUGUUUCUCUCCUCUGUCUCUUAGGUGCAACUUGUUUUUCGGAUAAGUAGCAAGGGUGGAAAUCACUACAUUUUAGUUGUGUUUAAUGAUACAUUCUCCCAAUCAUGACAAAUUUCUGUGGUGUUAACUUAGCACUUGUUCUCUUUUGGCAAAGACAAAGGGUUUGUAUGUUUUUAUCUGGUCUCUUAGGUCCUUUUUUUUUCCAUAUUGGAUUACAAGGUAAAACCGAGAAGUACUGUAAUGUCUUUAAACUAUGGCUGCUCUUGACCAUUUUAAGGCAGAAGGGAGCUGCAGAGUCGCCGUCCCACCGCCAACCAGAAAUUUAUUUUGCAAUGACUCUUGGUCUGCAGCUGUUGUAAGGUGAACAAUCGAGACAUUUGACAAUUGUCCAUUACUAUUUUCCUGUUUGCAGCCUUUUUGUAUCAAAGUCUUCCUAAUGUACUGCACAAAUCAUGGAUUGUACAGAUUUUUAUAUAUUAUGUCUUAUUUUAUUAUUUCUAAAUAAUAAUAAUAAAAAAAACAACAACGA